AUGUCAUCAAUAGCUUCUGGUACAGUUCCAACCACCAAAUCCUCUGCUUGUUUCAGAAGAAUCCAAAAGUCUCCAACCUUUUCAUCUAUGCUUCAUCAUCCAUCUUCUCGUUCAAUGUUAUCAUCGUUAUCUUCUUCCUCAUCACCUGCCUCUGCAAAACUCCUAAACUCUACCAAUGGCUCCUCAAGUUCUUCAUCUCAUGUACCCUUCAGACCCGUUAUGCGCAGCAGCAGAGAAGCUGAUAGAACUGAAGAAGAAAGACUUCGCCAAGUUCACUGGCAAGACGUCACGGUAGAGAUGGUGGUGGAUGCACCAGCUUCCGUGGCUUACAAGUUAUACGCGGACCGUGACUUGUUCCCUAAGUGGAUGCCUUUUUUGUCAGCUGUUGAGGAAGUGGAGGGCAGUCCAGAUUUAUCGCGGUAUUUGGUGAAAUUUGACUCUUUUGGAAAAAAUAUGGAAUAUCAUUUUCUCGCAAAAAAUUUACAGCCAAUCCCGGAUCGAAAGCUGCAUUGGAGGUCUAUUGAAGGUUUUGCAAAUAGAGGCAGUGUUCGAUUUUUUCCUAGAGGCUCUUCCUCGUGCUUAGUAGAGAUCAACUUUUCAUUUGAAGUUCCACAUGCUUUAGCUCCAGUUGCAUUUUUAAUGAAACCGUUUAUGGAGGGGCUUAUUCGUGGAGGAUUGGAACGCUUUGCUGCCUUCGUGAAGACCACUUAA